CGUGAUGACGAAAGACGCUCUCUCUUUGCCGCAUCUACUGUGAGAAUGAAGACCAUUCUCAGCAAUCAGACUGUCGACAUUCCAGAAAAUGUCGACAUUACUCUGAAGGGACGCACAGUUAUUGUGAAGGGCCCCAGGGGCACCCUGCGGAGGGACUUCAAUCACAUCAAUGUAGAACUCAGUCUCCUUGGGAAGAAAAAGAAGAGGCUCCGGGUUGACAAAUGGUGGGGGAAUAGAAAGGAACUGGCCACUGUUCGCACUAUCUGUAGUCAUGUACAGAACAUGAUCAAGGGUGUUACACUGGGCUUCCGAUACAAGAUGAGGUCUGUGUAUGCUCACUUCCCCAUCAACGUUGUUAUUCAGGAGAAUGGUUCUCUUGUUGAAAUCCGAAAUUUUUUGGGUGAAAAAUACAUCCGCAGGGUUCGGAUGAGGCCAGGUGUUGCUUGUUCAGUAUCUCAGGCCCAGAAAGAUGAGUUGAUUCUUGAAGGAAAUGACAUUGAACUUGUGUCAAAUUCAGCUGCUUUGAUUCAGCAAGCCACAACAGUUAAAAACAAGGAUAUCAGAAAAUUUUUGGAUGGUAUCUAUGUUUCUGAAAAAGGAACAGUUCAGGCUGAUGAAUAAGAUCUGAGUGAUCCAGUUACAGAAACUGCAAGAGGCCAGGCUCAUGUGAUAUUUUUAAAAUGAAUAAAAGCUCUUUUGACUUGGGACUUUUUCUUAAAUUGAUUA